AUGGCGGCGGUAAAUGACAACAGAAUCUACUCUGCCACCUACAGUGGGGUGCCGGUCUAUGAGUACAAGGUCGAUGGCGAGAGUGUGAUGCGACGGCGAUCAGAUGACUGGAUCAAUGCGACUCAUAUCCUGAAAGUAGCCGGUUUCGACAAGCCUGCAAGGACACGCAUUCUCGAACGCGAGGUGCAAAAAGGUGUCCAUGAGAAAGUGCAGGGCGGAUAUGGCAAGUAUCAAGGGACAUGGAUUCCUCUCUCGGAUGGUCGCCUGCUCGCGGAGCGUAAUAAUAUCCUUGAUAAAUUAGCUCCGAUCUUCGAUUUUGUGCCCGGAGAUCGGAGCCCGCCGCCAGCGCCAAAGCAUGUCACCGCGGCUUCAUCAAAACCCAGGGUCCCGCGAGCGUCUGCGGUUGGCAAGAGAAUGAUGCCAGAAGACCUCUCUUUCAAUUCUGUCCGACCUCAGAGGAUGGGUGCGUCCAGUUUCUCUCAGGAGCAGUAUGAGAUGGGCGCCCCUGGAUUCGAGGAGGAUGAAUCAAUUGAACAGACAACGGUCGAGUCCUCGUCAAUGAUGGCUGAGGAAGACAUGGUCCCGAUGUCGCAACAUUCCACCCAUUCGCGAAAGCGGAAACGCGGAGUGAAUGACAUGAAUGCCAUGUCAAUCAGCGAGCAAGAACACAUCCUGUACGGGGACCAGCUCCUGGAUUACUUCAUGACUGUUGGUGAUGCUCCAGAGGCAGCUAGGAUCCCGCCUCCGGUACCGCCUGCCAAUUUCCAGGUGGAUCGUCCUAUCGAUGAUUCGGGCAACACUGCGCUUCACUGGGCCGCCGCAAUGGGCGAUUUGGAAAUUGUCCGAGACCUCCUGCGUAGAGGUGCGGACGUCCAAGCAGUAUCAAUCCACGAUGAGACCCCGCUCGUCCGGGCGGUCCUAUUCACGAACAAUUAUGAGAAGAGAACGAUGCCAGCUCUCGCCAAUCUCCUCCAGGAAAAUAUUACAUUCUGUGACUGGUUCGGAGCGACUGUCUUCCAUCAUAUUGCCGAGACGACCAGGAGUAAGGGCAAAUGGAAGAGUGCGCGGUAUUACUGUGAGGUUCUCCUACAAAAGCUUCGCGAUUCGUUCCCACCCAGUGAGAUGGAAAGGCUGCUCUGUUGCCAGGAUGCCAAUGGAGAUACUCCUGCUCUGGUUGCCGCGCGCAAUGGGAAUUUUCGCCUGGUGUCCUUGCUCCUCCUUCACUGCCCUGAUGCAGGGAAUCUGGUGAACAAAAAGGGUGAAACGGCGGCCGGCAUUAUGGAGCAGAAAUGUCAAGAAAACUUCAUUCCUAACCCUCCCUCGAGCGUCACUCACGGUAAUGACCGGGCCGAUGGCGAACCCCUGGGUCCCAAUGACUCGGAAAACCCCCCGAAUGCUCAGUCGAAGUCACCUCCUGGGGCCUCGGCUUUACUGUCGAAGAUCGGGGCGCUCAUGGACGAUGCAUAUCAGAAACUCACACAAGCGUAUGGGAACGCAAAGAUCGGUCAGCAAGCGGCCGAUGAUGGAGCGAAUCCGGAGGCGCUGUAUGAGCAGUUGGAGUCUGAUCGCCAGGCCAUCCAGAAAGAGUCGUUCAUGCUGUCAUCAAAGGAAGAUGAAAAGGAGCCACUCGAGACGCAGAUGGCGCGGUAUGAAAAGGUGCGACAGCGCUGCGAAUCGUUUAUCGAGCAAAUCCAGCAGGCGCGUCUGUCAGAGCGCUUUGCGGCCGCGUCGGCUGCGGUGGCCGAGGACCCUCCGCGCACCACACCCCCGAAUGCCGAAGAACUGAGCAAGCUCUACCAGGUGGCGCGUGAGUUGUCGUUGGCUCAGAAGGCUCGUCGUGCUGCAGUCACCAAUCUCAUCCAGCAGAAAGCCGAUGCUGGCGUGAGCACAAAGCUGGACAUGCACCGGAAACUGGUGGCUUUGGCAACUGGAUUGAAAGAAGAGGAGCUGGAUCCUAUGUCGGCUGAGCUUGCUGAGACUCUGGAGUUUGACCGCAUGAAUGGGAAGACACAUAGGGCCAACUCGCCAGAACAGCGGCCCAUGCCGAACAAGGAGUCAGUCUCGGCAGCCCUCCCAAGCACUGUUGUGUCAGUUGAUGCCUAG